AUGGCCAGUACUACUGUUGCCGGCAGGAUAAAGAAGAACGACGGCGAUGACUCGAGUAUGAGUAACAACGACAAUUCGUCCGAACCAAACACGCCACUGCUGGACGGUGCUGGCUUUCGCCGAAAUUCCUCCAUCCACCGGAGUCUACCAUUGUCCACUCGGCUCAUUGGGAGCUUGGCCGGAGGAAUGUACUGCAGGGAUUGUCGACGACCAGAUCAUGGCGACGAACUGGUGGCGACGUCUCCAACGAGUUCUUCCUUAUUGCAAGACUUGGAUGAUGCUCAGGGCAACAAUGGUCUCUCGUUUCAUGACUACAAUAUGCAAGAAGUCGCUCGACAAAGUUCCGUCGUCUCGCCACUCGUACUGGCACCCAUGCUACAGCCACUCGAGCCGGGAAAAAUGGCCACUGUCGAGAAUAUCAUUGCCGAGUACAUUGCCACCUGCAGGUUUUAUGGAUGUCAAGACCGGGUCAAUGCCGGAGUCUUGACAACCCUACGAUUCUCCCUGCCGUCGCUUCGCGUCAGUGGAGACUUUCACGAUGCCGACAUGCUGGCACUGGCAGAAAUUAUGCUGCGACACGGAAAUGGACCACUAAGAUUCAUCAAGAGACUAGACUUUACCAGAAGCAGCAAGGAAGGAAAGCUGCAUGGACAACGAGGAUUCCGGUCGCAUGGAGCUUUGACUCUGUCCAAAAUAUUACAACAGUCCGAGUACAUUCAGGAGGUACGAAUGGAAGGCAAUCGUCUGGGUCCUUACGGGGCCUCGGCCAUUUUCUUGGCGUGUUCCAGGAAUCGAACCGUCAGGAGAUUGGGGAUGCGCAAGUGCAUCAUUGGGGAACGAGGUGGACUGGCAUUUGCCGAACUCUUGCAACGAGAUUGUCAAGACGGUCAAGAUUCACACCUAGGAUUGGUCGAUGUGGAUCUCAGUGUCAACCGGAUUGGAUUUCGAGGUAGUCUAGCCAUUGAACGGGCCAUGAUGGAACGAACAGACAAGGGACGAGACUCCAUCUUUGUCGACAUUUUCGGCAAUCUUGUUCUUCAAGAGAUAUUGAAUGGCUGCACACAUGGUUUGGGCAUCAUUCUGGCGAUUGUCGGAGCCGUACUGUUGAUGAAGCGGGUCCAGGACAUGAGCAACCGCCACUUCUUCAGUUGUGCCAUCUACUCGGUGUCUCUGCUGGUCCUCUACACGAGCUCCACUCUGUACCAUUCCUUCUUUGCUCUGCAACAAACGCGAUACAUCUUUGAGGUCCUGGACAAAUGUGCCAUUUACAUUCUCAUUGCCGGAAGUUAUACCCCGUUCAUUACAAUCACCAUGGUCGAUCACUUUCACCUGUUGGUGGGAAUGUUGGCAUUCAUUUGGGUGCUUACGCUGAUUGGCAUUUAUGUGGAAUAUGCACAUCCCACGUGGAAACGAAAGCAAAUCUUUUCGCUUUCCAUGUAUUUGGGUAUCGGUUGGGUGGCUGUGAUUGCUCCCAAAGAAGUGGUGGAUUCGGUGGCCACUGGAGCCACAAAUUUGAUAGUGUUGGGAGGUGUUGGUUACACUACCGGAAUCCCCUUUUUUCUGCGCGACAAUUUCUUGGAUCACAGCAUUUGGCAUUUGUUUGUGUUGACAGCUUCCAUCUUCCACUGGGCUGCGGUGUACUACUACAUUUGCUUCAUGGAAUAA